UCAAGUUGUCUUCUUUUCUUUCUUGACCUGAUUUCUUGUUGAAGGAAAGAAAGAAAAAGAGAGAUUGAGAGUGAGGUAAAUGAUUUGAUUAGGGUUUCUGAUUAGAACAAGAACCAAUGAGUGCUUCAAGGUUCAUCAAGUGCGUCACUGUUGGCGACGGCGCCGUCGGCAAAACUUGCUUGCUCAUCUCCUACACCAGCAACACCUUCCCUACGGACUAUGUGCCUACUGUGUUUGACAAUUUCAGUGCAAAUGUGGUUGUGGAUGGCAGCACUGUCAACCUGGGUUUGUGGGACACUGCUGGCCAAGAAGAUUACAAUAGGUUAAGGCCUUUAAGCUAUCGUGGGGCUGAUGUUUUUCUGCUUGCAUUUUCUCUCAUAAGCAAGGCCAGUUAUGAAAAUGUUGCCAAGAAAUGGAUUCCUGAGUUGAGGCAUUAUGCUCCUGGUGUUCCAAUUAUUCUUGUUGGGACAAAACUUGAUCUUCGGGAUGACAAGCAGUUCUUUCAAGACCACCCUGGUGCAGUGCCCAUCACCACAGCACAGGGAGAGGAACUGAGAAAACUUAUUGGUGCUCCAAUGUACAUUGAAUGUAGUUCAAAAACACAACAGAAUAUAAAAGCUGUUUUUGAUGCGGCCAUCAAAGUAGUUCUUCAGCCCCCGAAGAAGAAGAGAAAGAAGAGAAAGGGGCAAAAAGCCUGUUCUAUUUUGUGAUUUCCAAUUCAUAAUAUUCUAGUUCUUGGAGGAUGACAUGACUGUAGCCUUUUCCGGGUAAUCUUCACCAUACCAUAUAUCAUACUGUUUCCAACCUAGACUAUAAAUUAAGGUUUGUGAGCUAAUUGUCUAGCUGUAAUGCUUUGCAAUUUCAAUAUGGUUGGCGUGUGCACCUCGUGUGUUUAUGUAGACUUGUAUUAAUUACCAUUUCUUGCUCUAGGCACAAUUUGUAUUCCUGUUGUACUAUUAUUAGCGGCCCUGCAUUGUGGCCUUGUAUGUGAACCAAGUAAAAUGUAAUUAUGUUAGCUAUAUCUGUAUGGCUUACUGAAUGUAGUUGUUUGGAUCAA